AUGCGUCUUGUCGACCUUCUCAGACCGCACGUUAAACCAUGGCAUGCACCACUCACUCUUCGCGCUUCGACAUGGCAAAUUUCAAGAGUACAUAGCGCCUCCCUCGAGCGCAAGGAGGAUGAGCCUACCAAGGAACAGUUAGAGGAGGCCUUGAAGCGAAAACGUAGGACGGAGUGGAAACGCCGCCAAGGUGGCCAGUCAUUCCUAGAUCAUACCAUAAUUCAUGUUCGCGGAGGCAAGGGAGGUGAUGGUUGUGUUGCCUUUCACCGCGAGAAGUUCGUGCCUUAUGGCCCUCCAUCUGGCGGAAAUGGUGGCCGCGGUGCAGACGUCUACAUUGUGCCUACUCCUCACCUCACCACGCUCUCCAGUGUUCCCACACGUAUCUACGGCCAAAACGGCGGCACUGGCCAAGGUACUUGGCAAAGUGGACGAAAUUCACCACCAUUGAUUAUUAAAGUCCCCCUUGGCACGGUCGUGAAAGAGCUCCCGGGAGACGACCCACGACGUAGCAAGGACGAGUACGAGGCAGAGGCAGAGGCCUUAGAAGGGCUUGAGUUCGAAGAGAGAAAGAAGAAGCUGCGAGAACGGCGCUGGGUCCACUACCCAGACUAUGAGGAGGUGAAUGUGGAGCGCGAUUCUUUCAAGGAUGCGGAGCGCGUCCUGUAUAAGGAAGAGAGAGAGCGAAGGUUCAUGAGAAGACGACGUGCUCUACAGCCGAUCCACCUGGAUCUGGACAAGCCCGAAGAGACUGUAGAGGCUGCGGAUCCGAAUGCGCCGCUUGGCACGCGACGUCACGAACCCAUGGGCCAUCUUAUCGCGUCCGGAGGUUCGGGUGGACUGGGAAAUCCUCAUUUUCUUACAGCGGUUAACCGGUCGCCGAAGUUCGCGACGAGGGGGUAUGAAGGAGAACGCGUGUCUCUAUUUCUGGAGCUCAAACUAUUGGCAGACGUAGGCCUCGUCGGGAUGCCAAAUGCAGGGAAGAGUACUCUUCUGCGCGCACUCUCUGGUGGGCGUGCUAGGCCCGAGAUCGCAGGAUACGCAUUUACAACGCUGAACCCGUUCGUGGCAGUUGUUCGUGUGUUAGACGACGGUAGCUUCGAAGGGUCGGUGGAGGGAGCGGUGUAUGACGAAACGUUCAUUGAAGAGCAGCGCGAGAAGGAGAUGAUGGAGAACGGGGCGCUCGCCGAUGCACCCACCCGCAACCAGCGACCACCCGUGAGCGAUAGCGUUUGGGACGAUCCAGAGGACCUUCUGGAAGCGUUCCGUUUCACCGUUGCAGACAACCCUGGUCUGAUUGCUGAAGCAUCAGCGAACGUUGGGUUGGGCCAUUCAUUCCUGCGGUCUAUCGAGCGCUCGCACGCGCUGGUCUACGUUGUCGACCUCUCGUCGCCUGCCCCUUGGGACGAUCUCCGAGUUUUGAGGGACGAGAUUGAGAAAUACAAACCUGGGAUGAGUCCGAAGGCCCGCAUGGUUCUCGCCAACAAAGCGGACUUGCUGGGUGGGUCCAAGGGACCAGAGGACACCGAAGCUGUGCAUGAGGCGCGGGCGAAGUUGAAGAGGUUGGAGGACUUUGUCGCUCUGGAGAUGGCCAUCCAGAAUCAAGAUGCUAGUGGUAACAUCUACGGAGAGCGAACGUUGGAUGUAGUGCCCAUAUCAGCAAAGUACAACCAGAACCUGCAGAAGGUGGUUAAUCUCAUGCGGGGAUAUGUAGAAGAGGCGAGACGAGGUGCGGAGAGUCCAGUUCCAUCUCAGAUUGACCGUGACGUGCAGGCAAUCAGAGCAUCUCUAUAA